GCCGCACAAACCAUUCUAGAGGGAGAUAGGAUAGCUGGCCGCAGGAUAUUUUUCAGGUGCGUAGGCCUUCUUGUGCGACUCAUAUCUCGAGUUUUACUCAUCCAAAAGGGGCGUGGUAGGUGUCCACUGAAAGCUCUCGAAAAACGGAAUCCAUAGGCGUUCGGUUUGAAGAAAACGGAUCAGUUUAAAACCUCCAAAUCAUCCUAGAAGAACGCAAUCUUGCAGAAUAUGUUUUUGGUAUUCAAAGUUGAGGCUAGAGCUUGCUACCUGUGCUUGUUGAUCGGGCGAUCAUCUCAGAGGGAAGACUUGGUUGAGGCUAGAGCUUGCUACCUGUGCUUGUUGAUCGGGCGAUCAUCUCGGAGGGAAGACUUGGUUCGUGCUUCCUCCAUUCUGUUUUUAAACAAUUUAAACAUGCUCAUGGAUAUUGUGUUUCAUUGUGGAGCAUGUGUGCUCGUGUUUGCCCCGUGUGGCAUUUGUUUUCAAAACUAUGAUUUCCACUGCAUAUUCAAUUACUUAUUAUGUAUGUUUAUGGAUGACUUAUGUGUGAAUGAUAUUCGAGACGCCUUGUAUAAUAUGGAUGAGUUAGACUGCGGUUGACUAUUCAUAUUGUACGGCGGAUUGUCGACGUGUACGGAUAGGUCCGGAGCAUGACAAUAUAUGUAGAGCUAAUGGCUACAACUUUGGCACUUUAGGCUUCACCACAUUGGGGGAACUUGGACCGGAAUCAGUUUUGUUUCUUAAGCGCGUUAAGAGUCAUAUUGCUAGACAUGAUUCUACUUUAAAAGUUGGCAAUUUUUUUUUAUUAGGAUUGAUUUAGCCAUACAAAAAGGUGUUGGAGCUCAACUUGUUGUUAGGCUCCCUACUUGUUCUUUGUAAU